AUGGCCCUCAGCCUGAGCAGAGCUUGCUUCCGAACCCGCCUCCACCGCGCCUUUGCCACAAACUUCCCACGGCCACCGCCGCCACCCACAGAACCUCCCCAUGUCGAAAUGUUCUCCGACACCUCCCGCCCGCGUCCUUUCCGCGAACUUCCGCGCAUAAAGAGACGCUGGCCUGCUAUUCUGGCACUAAGCGUGGUCGGUGUCGCGGCAUGGGGCGUCUUUUAUAGUUACGCGACGAACCAGCAAAAGAUCUCGAGCUCGGUGUUUAAGCAGGUCUUGCGGACAGCUAGGGAGGACGAGGGCUUACGGAACGUCCUGGGGGAAGCAUUGAGGCCCCAACCAGAAUGGUGGCUCAAUGGGGAACCGAGGGUUCUUGGUGCAAUCAAUAUCUUACAGGGACAUGUAGAUCUGAGUUUCAGGCUUCGGGGGUCAAAAGGUUCUGGUACCGUCUAUUUCACCAGUGUUAGGAGAGAAAAGGGUGUCCCAUACGAAAUCUUGCGAUUCAAAGUCAUAGCCGACGAUGGAACCGUCGUCAACGUCGACUCCAGCAAGGUCUAA